CUUGGUAUCACUAUAAAGCGAAAUAACAAAAUAAAAAUUGUCCAAUCCAAGCUUCCGUAUAAAGAAAGGACAAAACGCUGUUUACAAUUAUAAUGCAAUGUCAUUCAACAAGUUGAAGUGAACCGUUGUGAUUAUCGACUCUCAUCGUCACAAUGAGCGACACAGAAAAAAGCGAAAAAUCUGAAAUGAGAGAUAUCGUAAACAAAUACAAAGAGGUAAUGAGAACAAAGGGACCAAAAGGCUUACAAGAAGAGCUGACCAAUAAUCUAGAAGCAUGGACGAAUACCAAAGUAAACGUUGCAGUCGUUGGAAAUCCGGGAACCGGAAAAUCCACCUUCAUUAACGCGGUUCUUGGUAUUGACCAUAUGGACGAAAAUGCAGCUGCUUCGGGUAUUGUAGAAACGACAAUGGAAAUCAAACCAUACUACGGCAAAAUGAAGAGUGUUGUUUUCUGGGAUUUGCCUGGAGUGGGAACUCCGAAUUUCCCAAAGAAAAAUUAUGAUGAUAAGGUCAAAUUACAGACAUAUGAUUAUUUCAUUCUCAUCGCUAGGAACAGAUUCACCGAAAAUGACAUCUGGCUUUCCAAAGAAAUCAAGAAAUGUAACAAAAAGUUUUGCUUUGUUCGUACACAUCUUGAUGAAGAUAUUGAAAACGACUCUAAAUCAAAACCAAAAACUCAUAAUAGGCAGGCGGUAAUUGACGGUAUCAGAAGAGACUGCGCAGAAAAUCUCAAGGAUGUUGCCCCAGUUGACAUUUACCUUAUCGACAGCUUCGAAUGUGAGAAAUACGACUUUGGUGAUCUAAUCAAAACCCUUUUCCAAGAAUUAAAAGGUAUGAAAGCAAAGCUUUUGGCGUUAAGUCUUACCUCUGCCACAGAAGAGAUAAUAGGUGAAAAAGCCAAGUAUCUCAUAGAAAGAUUGGUAUUUGUUUAUUUCAAAAUCGUAUUUAAGUACGAAAAAGAAACAUCCGAUGAUCUGGCAAAACAGACCCUACGAUAUGAGAGCGAAUUGUAUAAGAAGGUGUUCGGCAUUGACGAUGAAACGUUAAAGAUGGAUCGAAAUCUGUUUAAAUUGUCUCAGCUGGGCACUGACUGCAAAUUACAGGAGCUUGAAAUGAUUGGGGAAAAAAUGAUGGAAAGUUCUGAACAAGUGGUAGACAAAUUUCAUACGUUAUUUAAGGAAGAUUACAGUUUUUUAGGAAUACCGUUUAACAACAUCCUUUUUGGCGAAAUUAUAUCGGGCAUAUUAUAUAAAAUGAUAUUGAGAUAUCAACAAUUUGCCUGUAACAUUUUUCAGAACAUACCAAUUGAUUUUGCCGAGAAAUGUAAUACAGACUAAAGAGCACAGACCCCAUUACUUGUUCUAGUUGAUGCCAUCUUUAUGAUACUAUACUCAUUUUUUUCAUUUUAAAGUUGAGCUGAAUGAACAAUAUAUUUCAAAAGAUUGACAAUCAUGAUGGAGAUUGACCAACAGUUGAUAAGGAUGAAUUAUAAAUAAGCAUAGAUCUACAAUAUAAUAAGACUGACUUACUUUUUAUGAAGUGAAUGGGUUUUUGUAGAAAAUUCCUUGCCUCAUGUGAGGUAUCUAUCGGUUAUAAAUUUGAAAGGAAUAAUGGCAAAAUAUAAACUUAUUUUGACUUGUUUCAUAUGUUGCUUGAUUUAGCAUAAUGUAACACUUCAACAUUAAAAUCCAUUAAUGUUGACAUAAGUAGAAGAUAUGUCUCUUUAGAAUGUUUCUGUUAAACUUGAUAUGAUUUAUGUCACACUCUGAUUUAUCUGGAAAAAAACAAUAUGUACAUAUUUUGCAAUUUGUAUUUGAUUACAUUUUACAUAUUAUAUACGUAUGAAAUAAAAUAAAAUGA